UUUUUCCGCGUUCACUGACCACUGACCAGAGUCACCAACAAUUCACUUAUAUAAUAAGCAUUCGUGUGCACAUCAAUGGCGUUCUUCAUCGUCUCCUUCUCUCCUUCCUUUGCUUCCUCGCACUCACGGUCUACCUGAAAGACUUUCCUCAUAAUGCUCAAAGAAGUGGUUGGCUUCGCGCCCACCAUUUCUGAACACCCCGGCCGCCGAUUCCACUCGUCUUCCCCUUCCACUUUUUCUUCGCCUUCGAUUUCCAUCUUCAAAUACACAUGGGUCUCCUUUCUGAUCAUCUUAUCUCUCGAACUUAGCCUCGUCGACUCAGUUCAUCCGUACCCCAACAUCAUCAUGCCGUCUCAAUCUGGCCUCCCUCCAUCGCCCUCGUGUACAGCAAUGGAUCCGAAGUUGAAUUACCUGCCGGUGAUCGGAAUCCUUAGCCAUCCUGGCGAUGGCGCCUCCGGUAGACUAAACAACGCGACGAAUGGAUCCUAUAUUGCUGCUUCGUAUGUCAAGUUCGUCGAAUCAGCCGGAGCAAGAGUUAUUCCUCUUAUCUUUAACGAGCCGCUUGAGGUUAUUUUCGAGAAGCUCAAUUUGGUCAAUGGAGUGCUCUUCACUGGAGGAUGGGCUAAAAAGGAUUUAUACUAUUCCGUUGCUGAGAAGAUUUUUCAGAAAAUUUUGGAGAGGAAUGAUGCCGGGGAUCGUUUCCCUUUAUAUGCCAUUUGCUUGGGUUUUGAAAUUUUAAGCAUGAUCAUCAGCAAGGAUAGAAACAUUCUUGAACCAUUUAACGCAUCAUAUAUGGCAUCCACACUGCAAUUUGCUGACAAUGUAAAUAUUCAAGGAACAGUCUUCCAAAGAUUUCCACAUUAUUUACUGGAGAAGUUGAGUACAGAUUGUAUUGUAAUGCAAAACCAUCGUUUUGGUAUCUCACCAGAGAGCUUUGCACAAAAUGAAGAAUUAUCCAAAUUUUUUCAGAUAUUGACAACUAGUAGUGACGAAGACAAUAAGGUCUAUGUCUCCACUGUACAUGCUCGGGAUUAUCCCGUGACUGCAUUUCAAUGGCAUCCGGAGAAAAAUGCCUUUGAAUGGGGCUCCUCUGUGAUUCCGCACACGGAGCAUGCAAUUGAGGUGACGCAACACGUUGCCAACCACUUAGUCAGUGAGGCUAGAAAAUCAUUGAACAGACCACCUGCACAGAAGGUUCUUGAAAAUCUCAUCUACAACUAUAGCCCAAUUUUUGGUGGCAAGGCUGGGAAGGGAUUUGAUGAAGUUUACAUUUUCACAUAGAAAACCUCCAGCUACCUGAUCUAAUGUACGAUUGCCAUCUGUCUUGUGGAAUUGAUUUGUAUUAUUACAUUGAGAAGUAAUUUCCAUUGAAAAAUAAAAUUAGAAAAUUAGCAACACUUAGGCUUCAUUUAAAGUUGGUAUAGCUUUUAAAAUAAUUGUUGGAAGCUAUGCUUAUUUGGUAAACUAAUACUAAAAUUAGUGUAAUGUAGUUAUAUGA